AUGGGGAAUCCUGUAACACGUAUAGACAGAGCACGAGUAGCUCUUAACAUGAAGAAUGCCGGAAACAAGUAUGUUAAUACUAAAGAAAAUGUUUUCAGUUUGGCAAGGGGAAGGGCCCAGUACAAUGUAGCAACUAUCUGUCUGAUUUACAAUGCAACUGGCGACACUAUUACUCUCCGAAGGCAUUUUCAUAAAUGGGGCAAGUUUGAAUCGAGCUCGUACCCUAGAAACAUUCCAAAUGGCCAGUGGGCUGCGUUUUUAUAUGGUGAGGCAUCUUGGCCGGAUCGGCCGGCAUUUUUACACGGUGAGAGUUAUUGGGCGCGGCCCAUUGGACCUGAAUCCGAAACUGCAGUUCUUUAUCGCGGCAAAAAUGAAGCCGGGCAAGAAUGUGAUUGGUUGUUUGCUUGGUCCAGCCCGUGUAAGGCUUAUACUGAGAUCAAGGAAGUUUACUACUUUAAAAACAGAUGGAAUGAGAUUGGUGAUAAACUAGAUAAUUCUGAUUUAACUAAACAAGAUGAGUGGAAUGGAUGUUUAUCCUAUGCGUCAAUUGAAAGUACUGAUGAAUUCCCUGUAUUCGAGGCGAUACUGACGCUGAAAAAUGCCUAA